AUGAGUUUCCAUCCUAUGCGCAACACAUCCAUACAUCAGGCUGUUUAUCUGGGCCUCGAGAUGGAUUAUAACCACGACACUGAUAGGUGUGAAUAUGCGCUAUGUGUUCAUGAUGGUACAUAUGCUAUCGACUAUGAAGUAGAUUCAAUUGAUCUCCAUCGCACCCAGAGUAUGGCAGUCAAAACAGAGAUAGUUCUGUCUGUUGUCCUUGACCGUAUUACAAGGUAUCUUCGAUCGAAUGGAUACAAACUCUCUUCAAUUGGACUCAGUUCGGAAGUAAAUGGAACGAAUGGUAAGCCUGGGCCCGUACUUAUCGAUCCCAAAGAAAUCGCCAGCUCGUUUUGGUUCGAUCUCGACGCUUUGCCGUUUAUUAUUGGUACGAGGGGAUCGACAGUCGAUGAGCGGGCUAGCUCGGCAGCGAGAAAGUCUGUUAUAUGGUUAUCACCACAAAUACCCGGAUCAAUCCCAAGAAUAUCAGUCGGAUUUCGACAUGAAGUCGAGGUUGAUCUUAAUGGUAUGAUAAAAUUGUGUGACCUAAUUGAUUACCGAAAAACUGUCAAAGCGGAAACUUGGGAAGUGAUAUCAUGUAUUGCUCACGAGCUGAGAACGAAGAAGGUUAAGGCGUCAUUUUUCAGUGCGACUCCACAGGGAGGAGGAGUUGCGUUGAUGCGCCAUGCUCUUAUACGUCUUUGUCGUCUCUUGGGACUUGAUAUUUCUUGGUACGUGGCCAAGCCCUCACCCGAAAUAUUCGACAUUACGAAACGAAAGUUUCACAAUGUACUCCAAGGAGUCGCAACUGAAAGCACUGUACUACUUUCUCACGAGAAGGAGGCGUUUAUAGAGUGGUCAGACACCAAUGUCAAACGUUACUGGAGUGAUAAAGAAGGACCCAUAAGAACAUCGGAUGUGAUUAUAAUAGACGAUCCACAAUUGUGCGGUAUUAUCCCGCAUAUCAAGAAACUCAAUCCGUCUUGCAAAGUUAUUUAUCGCAGUCACAUUGAGAUCCGAUCAGAUUUAAUAAAGGAAAACCCAGAAGGACCUCAAGCAAUAACGUGGAACUUCAUUUGGCAGUUCAUUUCUCUAGCUGAUCUGUUUGUAUCGCACCCAAUUAAGGGCUUUAUACCUGAUUGCAUACCGCCCCACAAAUAUGUUCUUUUGGGAGCUUCGACCGAUGCCCUCGAUGGUCUCAACAAAGAAAUGAGCGAUGCAGAUAUAGAGUACUAUCAGUUGAUAUUCAACAGAUUGUCUAAUGAUCAAUGUGAGAUAAAGAUCGAUUUCACUCGUCCGUAUAUAAUUCAAAUAGCGAGAUUCGAUCCCAGUAAAGGAAUUCCUCACGUCAUAGAGUCGUUUAGAUUAUUACGUGAAAAGUUAGCCGGCACAGAUUUACGCCUUCCAUCGCUAAUUAUAUGUGGAACCGGAAGUAUUGACGAUCCAGAUGGCACGGUUGUGUAUAAAGAAACGUGGGAUUUGAUUAGACAACCCAAAUAUGCUUCGGUUGCUGGAGACAUAUCCGCGGUACGCCUGCCUGCUUGUGAUCAGCUAUUCAACACCCUUUUAAGAAAAGCACACGUAGCACUACAAUUAAGUACCAGAGAGGGCUUUGAGAUAAAGGUUACCGAGGCUCUCCAUAAAGGUGUACCGGUCGUUGCAUUCAGAGCUGGAGGUAUUCCGCUCCAAAUUCGUGAUGGAGAAAAUGGAUUUUUGGUAGACGUGGCUGACGAAACGACGGUGGCAGAUCGUUUAUUCGAUCUCCUCACUAACGCGGAUUUAUACGAACGCAUGUCAACUACUGCCAAGAGAACAGUAUCUGAAGAAUUCUUCAACGUUUAUCAGACGCUGAACUGGCUCUAUAUGAUUAACCAUUUUGCUGACCUACGUCGUGAAAAGGAUUCCCAUAUUGAUAGCAAGAAAGUAAACUCGGACGUCGGACAUGGCAGAUGGAUUAAAGAAUUUUGGCAGGAAGAAUAUGCAAAAGGCCGUUUCCACUUUCCUACUGACGCGAAUGGAAACGUUAUUACGUAUGAUGAGGAGAUAGAGGCGACUGAUGGGAUUCCAUCAACACCUGUUACUUCUGCUCCUACGUCGCCCUCCGAUCGACUAUAA